AUGUCGGAUUUAAACAAUGUGACUGGAUUAAAUAUUUUUAAAUUUUCACAAGAUGAAGCGGAAAAUAUAAUUAAAAAGUGUAUACAAAAUAUCAUUGGAACUAAUUUAUACACAAAUGAAUCAGCUAAAGAAUGGGCUAAAACUAUUGUAGAUAAUUGUAGAAAUGAUUUAGUGAAAUUGGGCAAACCAUUUAAAUAUAUUGUCAAUUGUACUAUAACUCAAAAAUCUGGAUCUGGAGUUUACAGUGCUUCGUCAUGUUAUUGGGAUACAGGAAAAGAUGGCAAUUGUAAGGUGAAAUGGGAAAACAAUCACGUUUAUUGUAUUGUCGUAGCGUUUGCAAUUUCUCUGUAA